AAGACUUCUUGUUAGUGAGUUUGUCUCGCUGAUUUUUGUCUGUCUGGUUGUAUGAUGAGUUGGUCAGCCAUGCUACUUUUAUCCCGAUGUUAGUUGGAAAAGCAUCCGUGUGCUUGGAGAUGCCAGUUGCUGUCAUGGACAACUUUGACCGGGGAAGUCCUUUCUCACAAAGUGAUUCUCUCAGUCCUCACGAUUGGAGCACACAGUCAGAGGGCCACAGGCACCAUCGCAGAGAAAAAAACAGAGAUGCAGCUCGCAAGAGUCGCAAAAAACAGACAGAAAGAGCAGACAUACUGCAUGAGGAACUUCAAGCUCUAGAGCAGUCUAAUGCCGCCUUCAUAAAAGAAAUCGCUGAACUGAAGAAGGAGCUUCAACUCUACACCACAGCUUUGGAACAACACAUACCUCACUGCACUAAAAUGUGUCCAUUUGAACCAUCAGUUAGCACUCCAGGAGGUCCAUCCACAGCAACACCCUCUACCUCAGACAUCACCUUCAACAGUGACCCCAACCUCUUGUCGGACCUUACAUUCUUAGCAGACACUAAUCCAGCGAACUUAUCUCUAACAGACCUCCUCGACAGUAGCGAUUGGUGUCCUUGGGACUCAUUGAGUGGGAAUGGAUGCCUACAGCAGUUUUGAGAUGCUGUAGUCAGUUAUGUUCAGUAUGUUUGGAUGACAAGGCUUACACACUACUACAUCCUGCAAACAGAUCUUUUUGUUGUGUUCAGUGGCUAAUGGUGCUAAAACCCAUGAUCCAUUUGCAGUGGUCUCAAUCUCAAUUCCUGGAAGGCCACAGCUCUGCACCGUUUAGCUUCAGCCAGCUCCAACUCACACCUGCUUGGAAGUUUUUAGUAAUCCUGAAGACCUUGAUUAGCUGGAUCAGGUGUGUUCAGUUAGGGUUGGAGCAAAACUGUGCAGAGCUGUGGCCCUCCAGGAAUUGAGUUUGAGACCAUUAAGGUGUGAAUAUGUUGUUUGUUAUAAUUUAUUUAAACGAUACUUUUACAGACGGUAAGAUUUAAUUUACAUGUAGUGAUAUUUUAGAUAUGGGCAUUAUUUUUUUAUAUGUAGGACCACAGCCUAAAUGUUGGGCUUAGUCAUUUCGUGUGAUUCAGUAAAUCAUUUUUAUUUGAAAUAUAGAAAUGUUCAGUUAUUUUAUAAAUUAUAUUUUAAUAAUUUCAAGUGUUAUUUAUUUAAAUAUGGGCCAGUGACACUCAUUCAUGUCCGGAUAUGCGAAGUUAUUCAAAAAUACAUCAAAGAUUAAAGCAACUGUGUGUAGUUGAGUAGUAGAGCUGCCUACAAUUAAUUUGUGAAUAAUAUCACUGUUGAAAUUACACUGGCUAGCUGUAGGCUAUACAUGCAUUUGUUGCUGCCGUAAAUCAAUUCGUUCUUUUUGUGGAAUUUCGUACCCACUCACCAACCUUGCAUAUUCCCAGAGCAAAUAUUUGUGGGGGAGUGUGGGGGAAAACCAGAAGCUAUUCAUUGUAUAAGAAGUUAGUGUUCCAUCAAAAUGAUUUUUAAACUGUUAUUUUAAAGUAAAAACUGCAGUUGCUUUAAUGUCUUACAAGAUUAUAUAUAUAUGGUAGUCAACAUUUGAAGGGGAUCAAAACCUUUUAUUAAAGUUACCGAAAGUAACAAUACCGAUUCUUGUCUUAGGACAACUUUGAUGAACUUUUUUGAUCCACUUCAGAUGUUGACUAUAUUACUAAUUACAGAAAAAAUAAGAUUAAAAAAAUCCCUUACUUUACUUUUUCAAGGGAAAAGUAAUUAAAUUACAGUAAUUACUAAUUACUAAUUACCCAACACUGUAUAUGUGUGUGUGUGUGUGUGUGUACUUGUUUUUGCUUCACUGUGGGGACCAAAUGUCCCCACAAGGAUAGUAAAACCUGAAAUUUUUGACAUUGUGGGGACCGUUAAAAAAUUAUUAAAAAUAGUAAAUGAUGUUUAUCUGAAAGUGUAACGAUGCAAACAUGUUUUCUGUGAGGGCUAGGUUUAGGGUUAGGGUUGGGUUAGGGGAUAGACAAUAUCGUUUGAUCAGUAUAAAAUCUAUGGAAAGUCCCCACAAUUCACAAAAACAAACAUGUGUGUGUGUGUGUGUGUGCAUGUGUUGCAAUAACACAGCAGUGGUACAAGUAUCCCCCAGCAACAUAUACGAUCAUUCACUGGCUUACAAUCCAAAGACAUAGUGAAGAAGAAAGGAGAGAGAGAGAUGAACAAACAAACAAACAAAAAUCUAGAAUAGAUGAAUGUAUGUGGAAGCAAAAUAUGUACUGAGUUUAGAGGAAUGUAACAGGCCAAUUUAUUUAUUUAUUUAUUUUUUUUGCCAAAUAUGUUCAAAACUUUAACACUCAUUCUGUAUCUGUAGAUAUACAUUUGGAGACAAUGCAAAGGAUUUACCAGUAAUAAUCUUUUUUCUUUUUUAAAACAGUUUUGUGUAUCUCCCUCCAGUAUGCUUUGAUUAUGUCGCAAUCCCAAAACUCAUGCGACACUGUACCAAUGUCAACCUUACAUUUACAACUGGGAAACACUCUGGAAUAUUUUCUGAAUAUAAAACCAGUGUUAACCAGUGUUAGGUGUGUCUAACUAAGCCUGAGUUAAAAAUAAUAUUUUAGUGGGAAUUUUAGCAAAAACGAAAGUGUAACCUUUGCCUGUCCAUUUAAAGUCAGCGUGGUGUGACCUAUAUGCAAGUAGCCAUUUUAGUGACACACAUAGAUAUUUACAUGUAUACUUACAUGUACUUACAAUACUUAAAGUGUACUUACCUUAGAAAGUACUGGUAGUUAGGGCUGUCACUAAUGAUUAUUUUAGUAAUAAAUAAUGUGUAGAUUAUUUUGACGAUUAAUUGAGUAAUCAGAUAAUUAUAAUUCAAUUGAGGAAAUAAAAAUAGAUCUAAGCAAACAAUAGCCUUUAAUAGCAAUGAAGCAAUAAUAAUGAGUUCAGAUAAAGUAAGCAAGUAUUCAUAUGGUUUUAUUAAACAAAACUGUUAAAAUAUAUGAUGUAUUAUAAACAGAAAGCUAAUGUAGAUUACGCAUUAUAACAAAUACCUGCAGGGGGCGCCAACGGCCUGACGAUUGUUUUUACACUUUACUGCGCCAUCUAAUUGUUGUUUAAUACUGACUAAACAACAUUUAAUUCAAAUGUCCACUUAAUCUUUAAUAUUUGGCCAUUUCUUUAUGACAAAAAUGCUACAACCACUAUAAUUUUUUAAAUAUGUGGACAUCAAAACUUAUAAACUCAGACCGGGGGUUUAAACUUUUAUUUCGAAACCAGGAUAAACAGCUAACCUUAAUGAACUUUAUAAAUCCCAAACUCACAAUAAUAUGCAGAGAUGGAAUUUGAUAAGCUCCACACAUGUAAAUGAUAACAGUUCUUGUGGAAUCUCGUCCGUGGAAAUUGCCACUUCAGAUAUUGUGCUGGUUACUUGACACAGGCAAAAUGCAAUGGAGGUUUUUAAAGUUGAGUACUCAAAGUGAAUUGAGGAAGCGUGACAGCCUUACUGGUAAUAUAAGGUAGUUACAUGGGGUAGGGUUAGGUUUAGGGCUAUGCUGAGGGUUAGUACCUAGUUAUUGGACGGUACAGGACUGUAAAAUAAAGUGCUACUGGUAUUUUGAUCUUUCUGUGAGGAAGAUUUUCUCGUCAAGUAGAGUAGGGUCAUUCUACAGAAAUGUCCACUUUUGGUAUGGGAAGAUGUCUUAAAAUGUAUUUUAUUUCUUUAUUUUUCUAACAUUUAAACUUAGACCACAUUAUUGGAUUACCUUUUGACUUUAUAAAUACACGUAAAUGACUGCUUUUUUAAAAAAUGCAUCUAUUUACCCAUAAGAAAGGUGACACCAAUGACAGUAAUACCAGUGACAAUUUUCAUGAAAAAUGCAGUUUACAAAAUUGUUGCUGCAAGGUAUCAAACCAAAUGUUGUCAGUCAUGGUAUAUUCACUAAAUUAAGUAGUUUAAUCCAUUUGUAUUGUAAUUUUUUACAGUUUGCUAACAAUAAAGCAGGUCAUACCAGUGAGGUCAACUGAAAGGUUAAUAUGAAAUAAAGAGAUAAAUAAGAACAUUUCUGAGAACUGAAAAGAGACAGUGGACUUAUCAUGGGCCUUUCUUCAUAGAUCAUCAGGAAAUACGAAGAAGGAAGUCAAGUGAUGUCAUGUGUGAUUUUUAUUUCAAAAUAAAUGAUUUGUGUUAAACGGUAACACCAGUGACACAACUCCAAGGGAGUUCAUUAUAUAUUUUAUAUUUAUUCAGCUUUCAGUUGUUUUUAUGCCAUUUACAUCAUAUAUUUGAUCAUUAUGAAUACGUUAUUGUAUUUUAAAUGGCAGAAAAAAAUGUUUUGACCUCAUAAGCACUUCCCCCUUGUACAUGGUAGUUUUGUGAUGCUUGGAAUUCUAUAUAAUUAAUUAAAAACAAAU